ACAUUUCAAAUUAGUUUCUGCCUAAACUACUUGCUUUGCUUUCUUCCUUAAUUAAUCUUUUAAUUACCUCUUCUCCUCUCUAUCUUCAUUUUUAAUUUUUCUAUUAAUCAGUUUAACUCUUGCCAUGGCCUCAGUCCAGGAUGAAGCAGCCCCCAUCAAAGAGCUGGUAACCGACGAACAAGUGGAGAAACCGUAUGAUCAGGGAAGUCCUUUAAUUGAAGAAAAACCAGAAACCGGCGAAGAAAAUGAAGUUUUAGUGCAUGAUCAUGAUCAUGAUGAAGACGAAGAAGAUGAAACUAUACACAAUGAAGUGAAAGAAUAUGAAGAUGAAGAGGAUAAAUUUGCAGGGUCGCCAAUUAUUGGUGAAGAUGAAACAACGACUACUUUUGAUGAAGAAGCUGAAGGUGAAGAAGGUGACCUGAUUUGAUUAGAUCACAUAAAAUCUAAUUUUCUUAAUUAACAAGUUAAUUAAGGGUGUUGUUAUUUUGAUUAUGUUGUUUUAGUUAAGAUUUGCGUGGUUUUUCUUUUUUGCUGGUUUUGGCUUUGGAAAGUCAAUAAAAAAUUAUUUUGGAAGUAA